AGGGCCUGGCCUGGCCCAGGAAGGCCACGGGAGCCCAAGAUGCCAAGGCCCAGGUCUCCUCAGCUGCCCUGCUUUCUCAAGAGGCCCUGCGUACAGUCCAGGUCGUGGCCACACUUGGAGGACCAGACAGCCUCCUGGGACAGGCCCAGGAAGCCCGGCAGUGGACAGAGCAGCUACUGUGGGCAACGGGCCGGCCCAGAGGGCCAGCUGUGUUGCGGCUGAUAUUGAAGGGGCUGGUCAACAGGGUCCAGAGGUUGAGCCCUCGGCUUCUGGGACUGGUAGACAAAGCUGGAGUGGUGGGUGGAAAUAUGGGUCACUGGGGGAUGUUUUGCCAAGGAGAGGACUCUCCUGGGACUAAACUGAAUGUAGGGCCAUUCAAGAUCCAGGACACAAAUUCCUCACUGGGACCCCGAUCUUGUUGGCAGGGAUGCAGGGGUCGGGGACCUGGGCUGGCCCGUGUUCCUGUGCCCUCGGGUGUUCCCUCUUACCCUGGGACCCUGCUUACCUCCCAGUGGGCUCUCAUUGCCUCCCGUAACUCCUCCCGUAGCCUGGACAUAGCAGCCAUCACCUUGGAGCAGUGCCAGCAUCUGGUACAGAGCCGUGGGGUCUGUGGAAGGGGGCCUGGGGGAGUCACAGGGUAUGAAGGCUUGGCCAUGGGCUCACAAGAGAAACAUUCCACAUAUGGCCCACCCCUACCAGCUACGGCAGACCCAGGCCACGGCAAGCUCCACAGGAACCCAGGCCUGGGAGGCGUGGCGGCGUGCAAGGGGGCCCUGGGGCAUGGCCACCGUAUCUCGUGUGCGGGCAACUGUGCAGGCCAUCCAGCGUUUCCUCUUGGCUGAAGGUGCGGAUGCUGUGAGCAUAGAGCUGGUGGCAUGGCGUGGGCUGGUGGUGCCCGUUCCCCAAGAUGGGGCAGUGGGCCUUGCCUUCCGGCUGGAUCAGAUCCAGGGUGCCCUCCCUGCACCAGAUGCCGUGGGUCAGGAGCUGCCCAAAGCUGAAGGUGUCUUCCAUCAGGCACAGCAGACCAGGGCGGGUACAGCCAGGGCUCUGCACCAAGCGUUGGAUUUGGAGGGAGUGCUGGCUGAGGCGGGAACUCAUGCAAGGGCUGCAGAGCAAGGGCUGCAGGUGGUGAAACAGAGACUUCGGGGUCUGGAGGCCAGUGUACAGGAGGUGGCCAGCCACCUGGCCCAGGUUGCACUGGCAGGGGAUGUGAUGCCAGUGCUGGGACAUCUGUCGGGUAGACCUGCAGCUCUCAGGACCUGUUUGGCCCUGACUCAGCGGCAGGCCCAGGAGGCAGAAGAGAAAGCCACGCAUGCCCUGGGCGUGGCCGGGAGUCUGGGCCAGGAGCUGCAGGUGGCCCAGCUGGGUGUGAUGGAGUUGCAGAAGGGCUCGGAGAGCCUUGUGGCCACGGUGCAAGAUGCAGGAGAGCGGGCACACCGGGCGCGAGCUGAGGCCCGAGAGCUGCUAACGCUGGUACAGAACAGCUGGAGAAGACUGGAGGGGUUGGAACGCCGCCUGGCUCAGAACGAGGAGGCACUGGGCAAGAAAGUGGCCACCCUGUGGGCCCUCAAGCAGCGGGCAGCAGAGCUACUGGGCCACAUGCAGCUGUGGGCCAGGGCAUAUGCCACCUGCUGACUUCGGUCUGACUCCGAGUGACCCCACAGUGAUCCAGGAAUCCCCUGACCUUGAGAGCCCAGAGACACCAGAGUGCCUGCUGACCCGGAGUGAUCCAUGUGACAGCAUGUUGUUUAGUGGUCCUCUGACCUUGACAAAUAGGAAGGGUCACGGACAACUCCCUGCGGCCAUCUAGUGCCCCCCGAGAUCCUGAUAGAGCCUUAUCUCUGAGUGAUCCAUCAUUCUGAGUGCCCUCUAGUAUCCCUGAGCCCCUUAGAUUGACCACGUGGCCCCCCUGGUGUCUGGUGACCCCACUCCAGAUAACUGGUGAACCUUGGUGUUUCCCCUAAAGAACCCCAGCUUUUUUCCCUGGGCCUGCCACUCCAGGGUACUCUCCACCUGGCUCAGGACAGUAGGCGCGGAUGUAGCAAGCUCAAAGUCGUCCGGACAGGGCCCUCAGACCCCAGAGUCUGGUCCCUGCCGAGGUCCCAGGGGCCUGGGUGGGGCACGCGCUCCGGCAGCCCGCAUUCCAAGCCCGGAUCCGGGCGCUCCUGGCGGGCCGAAAUGUCUGGAGUGGAUGAAUAGCCAGAUCUGGAUUCACUCGCUACCGCUCUGGUCUGUUGUCAGUGCCCA